GCAGGCGGCGCAAGCCGGGCGCCGAGGACAAGGGGCCGCGGGCAGGGCCGGCCGGCCGGCGGGCGGAGCGCCGCCGCCGACGCACACGAGGUGACCAGGCAUUGAUGCACCCCCAGGGAGGCCACGCGCUCAAGGAGGCCACCCCCGCUGGCUGCUGCUCACAUGGUUUCUGGGCCCCUGGCACUACGGUGGUACGCGUGGGCAGGGCGAGGGGACAUGGGGCCCGACAUGGAGCUGCCCAGCCACUCCAAGCAGCUCUUGUUGCAGCUGAACCAGCAGAGGACAAAGGGCUUUCUGUGUGAUGUCAUCAUCAUGGUGGAGAACUCCAUCUUUCGGGCCCACAAGAAUGUUCUGGCUGCCAGCAGCAUCUACUUCAAGUCCCUAGUGCUGCACGAUAACCUCAUCAACCUGGACACGGACAUGGUCAGCUCCACGGUGUUCCAGCAGAUCCUGGACUUCAUCUACACGGGCAAGCUGCUGCCCAGCGACCAGCCAGCUGAGCCCAAUUUCAGCACUCUCCUCACUGCCGCCAGCUACCUCCAGCUGCCCGAGUUGGCAGCCCUCUGCCGUCGUAAACUCAAGCGAGCCGGUAAGCCCUUUGGCUCCGGACGGGUGAGUGCCACCGGCAUGGGGAGGCCUCCCCGCAGCCAGCGGCUGUCCACAGCCUCUGUCAUCCAGGCACGGUAUCCGGGGCUCAUGGACGGACGCAAGGGGGCCCACACCCCCCAGGAGCUCCCCCAGGCCAAAGGCUCGGAUGACGAGCUCUUCCUCGGAGGCUCAAGCCAGGAGGGCGUGCAUGGCCUGAGCCGGGCCGUCUGUCCCACCAGUGGGGAGGCUGGCCUGGGCAGCUGCAGCACCAAUGGGAGCAGUGGGGGCUGCGAGCAGGAGCUGGGCCUGGACCUGUCCAAGAAGAGCCCUCCCCUGCCCCCUGCUACCCCCGGUCCCCCCCUGACCCCGGAAGACCCGGCCCAGCUGAGUGACAGUCAGCAUGGCUCGCCCCUCUCAGCCUCUGCCCCUCCUGUUGCCAACAGUGCCUCUUAUGCUGAGCUGGGGGGCACCCCCAAUGAGCCCAUGGAUCUGGAGGGGUCUGAGGAUAACCACCUGAGUCUGCUGGAGGGGCCUGGUGGGCAGCCCCGGAAGAGCCUGCGGCACUCAGCCCGCAAGAAGGAAUGGAGCAAGAAGGAGCCUAUGGUGGGGUCCCCCUUUGAGCGGAGGGAAGCGGGGCCCAAGGGCCCUUGCCCGGGGGAAGAGGGCGAGGGGCUAGGGGACAGGGUUCCCAAUGGCAUCCUGGCCAGCAGCGUUGCGGGGGGUGGCCCCAGUGGGCCUUACACGGAGCCCCCGUACUCCUGCAAGGAGGAGGAGGAGAAUGGCAAGGAUGGAAGUGAGGACAGCGGGCAGAGCGGGAGCGAGGGGGGCAGCGGCCAUGCUGGUACCCAUUACAUGUACCGGCAGGAGGGCUACGAGACGGUGUCCUAUGGGGACAACCUGUAUGUGUGCAUCCCCUGCGCCAAAGGCUUCCCCAGCUCUGAGCAGCUCAAUGCCCACGUGGAGACACACACAGAGGAGGAGCUGUUCAUCAAGGAGGAGGGUGCUUACGAGACAGGCAGCGGGGGCGCUGAGGAGGAGGCUGAGGACCUGUCGGCGCCCAGCGCGGCCUAUGCUGCUGAGCCCCGGCCCUUCAAGUGCUCCGUCUGCGAGAAGACCUACAAGGACCCUGCCACGUUGCGGCAGCACGAGAAGACACACUGGCUGACUCGGCCCUUCCCCUGCAACAUCUGCGGCAAAAUGUUCACCCAGCGCGGCACCAUGACACGUCACAUGCGGAGCCACCUGGGCCUGAAGCCCUUUGCCUGCGAUGAGUGUGGCAUGCGCUUCACCCGCCAGUACCGCCUCACUGAGCACAUGCGCGUGCACUCGGGCGAGAAGCCCUAUGAGUGCCAGCUCUGCGGAGGCAAGUUCACCCAGCAGCGCAACCUCAUCAGCCACUUGCGCAUGCAUACUUCCCCCUCCUAGCUCCUAGAAGCCAAAGACCCUUCUCCCCGGCCCAAGGGUGCCCUCUGCAGACUCGCCCUCGGGAGCCAACGGAAGGAAGAAAGAAGCACGGAGGCCAGGCAGGAGGGGCCAGGACCCCCAGGUCCCACAGGGGUAGCUCCUGGUGGCACCUCCAGCCAGCCCCCCACACACCCAGAGCUUUAAUGGACAGUCUGUACCAAGGGAAGAGAGAGGAGGGAAGCCGAUGGGCCCAAGCUCCGCAUGUGCAUUGCUGGUGUGCAGUCUACCUCCCGAUUCCGCCCAGGCCUCUGGCUCCCCGAGACGGCCACUGCGGGCCCGUGGGAGUGGGUCAUGGGGGUCUUGCUGGGAUCUGGCCCCUUUCCCGCAGGCCGGGUCAGAGCAGGGGGCAGUGGGGGCCUCCCUCUGCUGGGGAGGAGCAGGGCUGCCCCGUGGCCAGGGGCGGUGUCUGUGUGCAUGCACGAGUGCUUGUCUGUGUGCGGGCCACCCUGGCUCUUCGGGGAAUGGUGCUGGAGGGGAGGGGACAGAGCCCUCCUUCCUGGAGCCAGGGGUCACUGCUCACUGGCGCUGGGACAGUCAGGGGGGCCCCCACCGCCUACCUCUCCACAGCUAAAGAGCCCUCUGGGCCUAGGUUGCUGUUAUUCCUACUGAUCUGUUCCUUUUUUCUUUUUGAAUUUUGUUUUUUAAACCAAAACUAACAAGAGUUUAUUUUCCUCCCGGCCCCUCGGGGCUGAGCCUGGGUCUGCAGACUGAAUGUACAGGGGCAGCUGCCCUCCUGCCCCCGCCCCGGCUGAGGGGCGCCCACCCCUCCAGGCCCCAGAAGCCCUUCUAGGCCAAAGGCUUCCCUGGGCCCCGAGCCCCGCCUCGGCUGCCUCAGGAGAGAGAGUGAUUUACCUAUAGUUUCCGAGGAAUAUUCUUUGUUUAGAGACUUGGGGCAAGUGAGCGGCCGGCUCCGCCACCGCUCGCUCCCACCAGACCGAGCCAUCGCAAGGGCUCCUCCAGGAUUGCAAAAAAGGUAAAAAAAGAGAAGAUGAACCUUUAAGCAAAGAAGAAUCUCAGAGACUCGCAGCAUAGCCAUACACCUCAGCCUGUGAAAUGAACAAUUCGGACCCAGACUGACUUGGAACCUCACGCAGCCUUGUGUGUGUAUUUCCCGUUCGUCACCACUCGGGGGCGCUGGGCUGCCCCGCUAUGCUCCCACCCCCACCCCGUCAGUAUUCACUGGACUGGACCGCGUGCAGGAGUGCGAUCUGGGCCGGGCUGGCUGGGCAGGCAGACCCUACCGGCCUCCCCACAGCCGUCCUGAGUUGGGGAGGCCUGGGCAGCCAGGAGGGCAGGGCUCAGGGAAGGGGGGGGGGGGGUGCUGCAUCCGUCCACCCCCUUGGCUUGGGGAGGAAAGCAGAGGUACCGGGCCUCCAGAGAACAGACCAGGGAUCUCAGCCCUGUUGUACCCCUAGAAGGGACCAAGGCCCUUGCUCUUCGCCAGAGUCACGUUGGGGCAGACAUUACUGAACCUGUGAACUGAUGCCAGGAGUGCUAGGAUGGAGAGAGGGACCUACUCAGCCUCAGUGUGACAUUCCAGAUCAGGGGGUGGAGGUUCGCUGUGGGAAUGGAGGCUGCCCAGGCCCCCGUUCCUAGGACGCUUCUCCCCUGCCAGCUUCAGUCACCCACUUUAAUUUUUCUACCGGGAACCCCUCCCCCUACCUCACCUUGCUAUUUAUUGCUGUAAUUUAUUGACCUCAAAAAUGCUGCAUAACAGACCUCAUUUGGGGCAGGGAGGUUCCCCAGGGCUCCCCCCCUCCACUUGGUGGGGCCCCGUGGGGCCAGGUGCUGAGGGGAGCCUCUCUGUAUCCCACCCAUCACUUGUUUUCCCCCUCCCCCCUUGGGGGACCCCAGCUUGGGCACCUGCCCAUUCGCAAAUACCUCGAGGGGGAGGGGGAGGGAUGGGGUUAUAGCCGUUUUGUUUAAUCGGAGAAGCGGGAUCACGUCCUACUCUUAUCUCCUUCCCGGAAGGGGGAGGGGCACCGUGAUCGCACUCCUGUACUGGCCACCGCCGCUAUCCGUCUUCGCAUCGAGUUCACUUCCUUUGAGAGUUUGGAUAAAUUCAGGUCAGAGCUGCAGGUACGCAGCCCACAAGUGUCAUAGAAAAAGCAAUUCACCGACGACUGAUCUCUCCAUUCAGAAGCGUGCAGUCUUAAUGUACAGUGAUGAGAAACUGUUAUUUUAUGAUCUUUUCAUUAAAAGCUUGAUUGAAAACUA